CCAAUAGGACCCGGCUUCAAAAACUGCUUGGUUAAAUUAUAACCUUUGGGUUGACCAUCCCUAGAGGUAUUGCAAAUCCUCUAUUCCAGAGAUCUGGGUGAAAAAGCAGCUGCUGGCUCAGUCGGAAGCUUCAUCCCCCCCACUUCCCCAACCACAGCUUUCCAGGAUGGAUGAGGAACAUCUUCACGAUGAUCUGCAUGUGUUUAAAGACAGAAACGUCUUCCAGCAGAAGAUGAGAUCCUUUUCCACCGUCUACCUGCUACUGGCCCUCUCCUUGCUCCUGACCAUCAUCCUCUUCGCUGUGUCCCUUUCCAGAGUUUCAGCUGUUUCUUCUAAACUCCACGAACUGCACUCGGAACGGAAACAGAACUUUUCUGGCAGGGAUUUUCUCCUGUUUCCCUGCGGAGCCGGAUCCAGGGAAUGGGAAUACUUCGACGGGAAAUGUUACUACUUCUCCCUGACCAGAAUGAGUUGGCACAAGGCGAAGGCUCAGUGCGAAGAGAUGCACUCGCACUUGGCGAUCGUUAACAGCUACGCCAAGCAGAAUUUUAUCAUGUUCAGGACAAGGAAUGAGCGGUUCUGGAUCGGGCUGACGGAUGAGAACUCCGAAGGGGAAUGGGAAUGGAUUGAUGGCACCGACUAUAAAACCACCUUCACAUUUUGGAAGGAGGGAGAACCCAACAACAGCGGCAACAAUGAGGAUUGUGCCCACGUUUGGACCUCCGGGAAGUGGAACGACGUCUAUUGCACCUACGAGUGCUACUACGUCUGCGAAAAGCCUUUGCCCAACUGAGCGAAGCCCCGCGUGGAGAUGACGGACGAUGCUCUGGCAUCGCAAAUGGUCCUUUUUCUUCUUAAUUUAUACUAUCCAAGUGCCCACGCCCUGCUCUCCCUCUCCACCUUCCUCUCCCUCUCCACCUUCCUCUCCCUCUCCACUUUCCUCUCCCUCUCCAAGAGCAGGGAUGGAUUUCGAUGGUCCUAAGCGAAGGGAUCCAGGUUCUCCCUGGGGAGCUCAGCCUAAUAAAGGACAAUUAU